GACGUCAAUGGGAUAUGACUGCACUUGUGUCAAAUCCUCAUCGCUGCGUUGAUCUGAGAUAGGUGGCUUCAAAUAGAGCGCAGGAGCAUAGUCAGCUCUCUUUUCCCAUUUCUUCUUUUAAAGGAUUGACAAUUCAAGAAGGAGAGGGGAAAACUUCUGGCCGAAUCAAGGAAGAGUUGUUAUUACAUGUUGCCAUGGGUUGUACGCUAAGUGCAGAGGAGCGUGCUGCUCUCGACCGAAGUAAAGCAAUCGAGAAAAACUUAAAGGAGGACGGACUCAAUGCGGCCAGAGAGGUCAAGUUACUACUGCUUGGCGGUGGCGAAUCCGGCAAAAGCACCAUUGUCAAACAGAUGAAGAUCAUCCAUGAAGAUGGAUUCACUGGUGAUGAUGUUAAACAGUUCCAGUCAGUCGUUUACAGCAACACACUUCAAAGUCUGGCAACUAUACUGCGUGCCAUGGAGACGCUCAACAUCGAGUACUCUGACAAGGAGCGUGCCAGUGAUAGCAAGAUGGUCUUAGAUGUGGUGACUCGUAUGGAGGACACGGAGCCAUUCUCUGCUGAGUUGCUGGGGGCGACGAUCCGCCUGUGGAGUGAUACUGGAACUCAGGCAUGCUUCAGCCGGGCAAACGAGUUUCAGCUAAACGACUCAGCACAGUAUUACCUGGACAGUUUACAGCGGAUUGGCUCCCCUGAAUACCUGCCAACAGAACAGGAUAUUCUACGUACUCGCGUGAAGACUACUGGUAUUGUGGAGACACACUUCACAUUUAAGAAUCUCAAUUUUCGGUUGUUUGAUGUUGGGGGCCAACGUUCCGAGCGUAAGAAGUGGAUCCACUGCUUUGAAGACGUUACUGCCAUCAUCUUCUGUGUGGCCAUGAGUGGGUAUGACCAGAUGCUGCAUGAGGAUGAGACUACGAACCGAAUGCACGAGUCACUCACGUUGUUUGACUCCAUCUGUAAUAACAAGUUUUUUGUUGAUACGUCCAUAAUCCUCUUCCUCAACAAGAAGGAUCUCUUUGCUGAGAAGAUCCCGAAAGCGCCGCUCACCGUCUGCUUUCCUGAGUACACAGGGUCCAACUCAUAUGAUGAUGCUGCGGCUUAUAUCCAGGGUCAGUUUGAGGGAAAGAGCCGGUCACCUAAUAAAGAGAUCUACUGUCACCUGACCUGUGCCACUGACACAGGUAACGUCCAGGUGGUGUUCGAAGCUGUGACAGACAUCAUUAUCGCCAACAAUCUAAGAGGGUGUGGCUUAUACUGAGCCUCCAUUUCUAUCCAUGUGGUCUGUAAGACAGAAACAGCUGAGCACAUAGCUGGACUGUUAGAGGAUGAUGAGACAGAACUAAUCUACUCUGGAAUCUACUCCCAUGUGUGGGUGUGCCAUACACCCAAUUAUUAUCCUUAUUCAGUGAUUUGUUCUUUUUUAAUAUUCUGUAAAUACUGUUUGCAGAAAAAGGACUGCUUCAUAAUAAAAUGGUGUAUAUGUGUGUGUGGGGGGGGGGGGGAGGCAGGGGUCUAUAUAGGCAUCCAUUAAUCUUUAUAAAUGACUCAUUUCCUCAUACUCAGUGCUUUGGGUCCAGUUAAGGUCCUUUUCAUUUUGUAUUUACUCAAUGGUCUCGGUCCAUGUUCACCUUCAGUCUAUAGGCAGGUGAUCCAUACCUUGGUUUUACAGGAAAGAGUCUGGUUGUAUAUUACACACUGUCUGCAGACGAUCACACACUUACUGCUGAUAUUCGUAGCGAUGCCAUUACAUCUUUUUUGAUGUGUCAUCAUCACUCAUCUAGUUUUUCUAUUCAUAUUUUAUGAACUCAUCAUCAGUCCUGGGAUCAUAGUUAUAAUUCAUAAUUAUUAUAAUGAAUUGGCUAAUAUAAGAGCCAUAAGGCCAUGAGAAAUGCCAAGAAAAACAUAUAUGAAACGUGGUAAGCUACAAACUAAGGAACAAAAGAAAGUUGACUUUCUUUGUUGUCAGUUGAAUAAAGCAUAUAUGAUUUUGAGUUUCUAAAUCCAUCACUGAGGCAUUUAUCUAAGCCAAGUCUGAAGUGACAUUUUUCUGCGUAAAGGUGACUAUCACACGGUCUGUACAAACCCUAAGAAACCUUUUUAAAAUAUCAGGUUCUUGUCCAUUUUACUUCUUUGUUAACUUAUACCUCAUGACUAUUUGUUUGAUUGUAUUUCCCUUAUGUUACAGUGCUCCGGACGUUGUCUUUUCUUUUAGCAUUCUCUUUGUACCUGUAGAUGCGUCAACAAUUAAGCAUAAUCUUAUAUCAAAAUAAAGGCAAGAAAGGCAUUUGUGUGUGUGUAUGGGUGUGUGGUAUUGGUGCAGAGUUGUACAUUCUGUAUGUGUUUAACCCAUAGCUAUAGCUAUUUACAAUAAACAGAACUCACAAAGGCUUUGAAUUAAA